AUGAAAUAUUGAAAAUAACUAGCCCCACGAAGAUUGUAAACUUGUUACUAAAAAACGCUCGGAGGGCCUCGGUUUAUCAAACUGGGCGAUAUUUUUGGAAAAAAGUGCCUUUAUUGUGCGUGGUUUUUUCAUGUCCCUAAAUUGGUGGCAUUGAAAAUCGCGCGCGCUUUUAUCUGUCACAAAGUGUCAAAACAGUGAGGUGAUGUGCUCUUUAAUAAAACUUUCUGUGUUGUUUUUUAUUCAAUAAAAUGGAUUUGUUGGAGAAUCCGGAUGUAAAAAGCACGUACGACAAAUGUAAAUACGUUGUGAAAGUUUGGGAACACACCUUUAAAAAGACUCAUGGCAGGUUGCCCUCAAAGUUGGAUAUUCGAGAAGCGGACAAAAAAGUCCGAGACGCCUAUCGCCAAUAUUACCAACUGAAAACAGCAGCAUUGGAACAAAGUUUUAAAGACGUUGACGGUUUUAAUUCCGAUGGCGAAAGUAGAGAACUUACCACAGAUAAAUGCCCCUCAACUAGUGAAACUAGUGUAAAUGUUGCGCUUGAAACCGAACCGAACGAACCGUCUGAGGAGACUUGGGGUUUCCACCUCAAUAAACAAUCCAAAAAAACAACAAACAAAUCAAACACUGACAAUUCCUCACUUGGUAAAAAAAUAUUUUGCGGCUCGAAAUUAUCAAAACGUUACCAACGAAAAUCAUUUUCGCAAAAGAAAAGCGAAACGAGUUUUGAUAAUUCACUGUCAUCACAGCCCAGUCAAUCAUUUGUUGAAAAUGUCGAAGACGAGAAAUUAUCAUUUGAGGGCAUUUUUAGUAAAAGUAACGUGAAAGUAACGACUGUUUCGGAAAAAAUUCUGACCCAACCGACCAACAUUAUUCAAAGUGUUCUGGACAAUAAUUACAAAGCUUUGAAAUCGGUUGAUGCAGGUUGGUUGGAAAGAGUGAGUGCAAGUUCAGGUCUAAAAACUGGAAAACCUGACGAUUUAAGUGAAUACCAUGAUGCUUCCAGCAUGUGUCUUGAUUACAACAGUGACGAUAUUAUUGACAAUUCGGACGAAGAAACUGUAAAUUUGGGACACUGUGCCAAAAAAAUCAAAAUUGAUUCAACCAGUGACAAAGAAACUUCAAAAACUACUGAAACACCAGAUGUUCCCAAAACUGAGGAUCCCUUCCAGUUCAAAGAUGAUUUUUGUGAAGUUAUAAAGGAAAAACCAAAAAAUAAAAGCAAGAAAGUCACUAAGAAAGUUGACCAAAGUGUUCGGAAAUCAAGCAGAAGUACCAAAACCCAAGCAGAUAUGACUGAGUCUCACAGUGAGGAUGAGGAUCCCUUCCAUUCAGACAACGAUCUUGCGGAUCCAGAAUUUUCUCCCAAGAAGAGUAAAAACAAAUUUAAUUGCUCAGUUCGUGACAUUUCGCCACCAAAAACAACCAAAAAGACAAAAAAAACUUCUAAAAAGAUUGAAAAAAAUCAACCUGAAACGGAAAAUACUGAUACAACCUACGAACUUGAAUAUUCAAUCAAACCGAGAGUUUCGGCUCCACGUUUCAAAAACUUGAAGAAACUUAUAAAAAUUGAAACAACUGUUCCUGAGAAGGAAAAAACCGAAUCUUUGGUUAAAACCAAACGUGAACAACAGUUGGAAAAGUUAGAAAAGAAAAUACAAUCUGGGAGCUUGAACGAAAACUUCAUUACAAUUAACCUGAAGAAGAAAAUUUACUGUCGGGGUAAGAAAACCAUGACGUUUGGAAAAUUCAAAAAACAGCAGUGGAAAAACAAGAAAAAGGCACUUGCUGGGCCCGACAUGGACAUGGGGGGCUGUGAUGGGGGCAUGUUGACUUGUUUCACUUGCGGGCAGACUGGACAUUUUGCCCGAAAUUGUACCAAGACUAAAGGUGAUGCCUUGCUUCCCAUGAUAGCAGAUGAGGAGGUUUGUCCGUUUCCGACGCUGGAAGAGGCGGCCCAGAUGGCGAAAGACAGUCACUUGACGAUACGCACUCCAAAUGUGGAGUUUGGUAAAGAGGUGGAGACAGAACAGCAAAAAUCCGAUUCUGAUUGUGAGAUUUUUGACGAUGCGGAGACUGAAGUCAUGCUGGCUGAGGUUUUGAAGUUGGAGGAACAUGCGGCAAAGUUGGAUUUGCAGAAUUAUGUGGAUCAGACUAAAGUUGUGGAGGCUUACUAUAAAUCUAACGAGGAUGGGUCUGUUAUAGAUACUCCAAAAGAAGUUUUUAUGGCGCUACAAAAUUUUGGUUUUACAUCAUUUAGACCAGGACAAGAACAGGCAGUUAUGAGAAUUUUGUCAGGAAAAUCAACUUUAGUUACUCUAAGUACUGGUUCUGGCAAAAGUUUGUGUUACCAAUUACCUGCGUAUUUAUAUUCAAGAAGAGAACAGUGUAUUUCGUUGGUUAUUUCACCUCUUGUUUCUCUGAUGGAGGAUCAAAUUACGGGAAUACCGUUUUUUCUCAAAGCUGCUUGUUUGCAUACAAAUCAAACUAAAGUUCAGAGAGAGAAAAUAAUGGAGGCGAUUGCUUCAAGAGAGUUGGAUGUGCUUUUGGUUUCACCGGAAGCAGUAGUUGCGGGAGAAAGAUCAUCAGGUUUUGGCUCCUUACUGCGGAAACUUCCCCCCAUUGCCUUCGCUUGCAUCGACGAAGCCCACUGCGUUUCGCAAUGGUCGCACAACUUCCGUCCCAGCUACCUCAUGAUAUGUCGAGUUUUGCGUGAACGAAUGGGCGUUAAAACCGUUCUGGGCCUAACAGCAACUGCCACAAGAAGCACAAGUGACAGCAUAAUCUCCCAUUUGGAGAUACCAGACGGCAGAGCCGGAAUUAUCAGCGAUAAACCGCUCCCAGACAACCUUAUCCUAACCGUUUCAAAAGACUACCAAAGAGACCAAGCCUUAUUGGCACUUUUAUCAUCAGAAAGAUUCGCGAAUUGCAAAAGCAUCAUUAUUUAUUGCACCCGAAGGGAGGAAUGCGAGCGAGUGACGAAGUUUUUGCGAACGAAUUUUCGCGAUAAUGAGCCUGCGAAUAAGAAGCGGAAACGUUUGAGUUAUCAGGCUGAGGCAUAUCAUGCUGGAUUGGCUGCUAGUAGGAGGAGAACUGUUCAGAAAGCGUUUAUGUCCGGGGAGUUGCGAAUUGUUGUGGCAACUGUGGCUUUUGGUAUGGGGAUAAAUAAGUCGGAUAUAAGGGCUGUGAUUCAUUAUAAUAUGCCGAAGAAUUUUGAAAGUUAUGUUCAAGAGAUUGGACGUGCGGGCAGGGAUGGUUUGACGGCUCAUUGUCAUCUUUUCUUGGACGCAAAGGGCAACGACGAAAACGAACUCCGCCGCCACAUUUUCGCCAACUCAAUCGACCGUCACGUAAUUCGAAAAUUACUACAAAAAAUCUUCCUACCUUGUUCUUGCAAAGACACUUGCCCUAAACACGAGGUAGCUUUUUCAAUCGAAGAAACCGUUCGUGCUUUAGACAUCCCAGAGGAAAACAUUUCCACACUUCUGUGCUACCUCGAGCUACACGAAAAAAAAUACAUCGAAUUGUUAAGCCCAGCUUACACCGUCUGUAAAGUCAUUUCAUACGGUGGACCUUUGCAAAUAAGGAAAGCGGCCAAAGAAUGCCCGCCUUUAGCAAUGGCCUUAGCCCUCCAAAAAAAUGAAAAAAACGAGCAAAAUGUAAUCGAAUUCGCUGUCAUUGACAUCGCUGCUGCGAUCGGCUGGGACAGCGGGAUUUGCAAACACAAGCUGAAAAAUUUAGAGUGGGCUACAGUUAAUGGCCAAGCGAAGAGAACGACUUUGAAUGUUUCGUUCUCAAAUCUUGGGUUCAGACUUUUGGCUCCUGGGAACUUGGCCGAUGAACAAUUAGACGAGGCUUUGGACUCGUUGUAUGAACAUGUGGUGAAUCAGGAAAAAACCGCACUUUUACAAUUACGAGCCGUUCAUCAGACGUUAAUUGAAGUUGCGGUUCCGUCCUACAAGCAGUGUUUGACUGAAGAACCGUCCGAACUUAAUACGAAACUUAAAACAAAAAUCAGGGAUUAUUUUGAAUCUCCGAACCCUUUGGAGGCGAUUUCCCUGAAGGAAAAUCAGCUUGUUGACGAAGACUUGGUUGUGAAUAAUAUCCGGGGACUUAUUUGCACUUAUAGGGAUAAUAGUUUUACUGGGAGAGCAGUGGCUAGGAUUUUUCACGGGAUUUCGAGUCCGAAUUAUCCGGCGGUGAUUUGGGGACGGUGUAAGUACUGGAGGUGUCACAUUAAUGUUGAUUUUCACACGAUUUGUAAAUUGGCGACUAAGGAAAUUUUAGCCUACAGGUAAUUAAUUAUUAAAAUAAAAUAAACUGUUCAA